AUGUUUGGCGCUGGGCUAGUUUUUCUGGGUGUCGCGUUAUUUAAUGGUAUUCUUGCGCAGUCCUCCAGCAGCCCUACGGUUGAUGUGGGAUAUGUGACGUACCUCGGCAACCAGUCUUACCCGAAUACGGUGGCCUAUCUUGGGAUACCUUAUGCCGAACCUCCUGUGGGCGAUUUGCGCUUCCGUGCAACCGUCCCACUGAAUACAACGCGUGUAAGUGAAGCGGCUGGCGGCCAGGUAGUAAACGCGACAUACUAUCCGAACUUUUGCAUCCAAGGAACGACCGGUGCGGGCGAUGCAGGAGGAGCAGGAUCGGAGGAUUGCUUAAAUGUGAAUAUCUAUGCACCCUAUGGUGCCCAAGAAGGCGACAACCUGCCUGUCCUUUUCUAUAUUCAUGGCGGAGGAUACGUCUACGGGAACCCUCGGAAUUGGCCCUUUGAUGGGUGGAUCCAUCAAAGCCCGAAUGUCGUCAUCGUGUCUGUCUAUUACCGUCUCGAUUCGUUCGGUUUCCUUGCAGCCCCUGAGUUCACCGAUCCCACUUAUGGCGAUUUUAACGCCGGAUUUUUGGACCAGAUUCAAGCCCUGAAAUGGGUCAAGUCGUACAUCAGCAAGUUCGGCGGGGACCCAACCAAGGUUACAAUAAACGGACAGAGCGCUGGCGGUAGUUCGGUGGAACUACACAUGGUGGCCAACGAAGGCGAACAGCUGUUUUCCAGUGGAAUCGCUCAGAGCGUCUUCAGAACACCUCUAGCCACCCCCGAGGAACAGCAGCCUCUCUUCCAAUUCUACGCGUCAUAUGCAGGAUGUGGGACGGGCACUGUGGCCGACCAGAUGGUCUGUCUUCGUAAUGCGAGCGUCAGCGCGCUUGCGCGGGCACAGGAUGCCGCAGUGCAGGGAAAAUUCUCCGGACUGUACAACUCAUUCCAUCCCGUCUUGGAUGGCGUUUUAUUCACCGGAUACCCGACGGAAAUGUUCCAGCGCGGGGAGUUCACCCACGUACCGCUCAUUGUCGGUUCGACUUCAAACGAAACACUGUCUGGAGGGACGAACAUAUCACUAGCGCUUGAAGAGUACUUCCCGUCACUUACCGAAGCAGACAUUCAGGAAUUCGUGUGGCUUUAUCCAGCAGAUGAGUUUGACUCCCCGAGUCAACAGUUUCAGGUCGCUACAGGCGAACCGGACGUGAUUUGUGGUCGCGAGGCCAUGGGCGGGCCAUCUUCAAUCUAUUCCAAUACAUGGACAUACCGUUACAACACACCUAAUCCGACCAGUGGCAGCGACGUCGUGGCCCACGCCGCUGAGAAUUGGAUGAUGUUUGACGGCACGAACACAGGAUAUAACGGGACCACCACAUUCACGCCCCAGACUCCCGCCGAGCUCGCGUUCGCAUCGGAGCUGAUCGCCUACUGGCUCUCGUUUGUGCGCUCCGGGAACCCGAACACGUACAAGCUGGACAUGUCCCCGACGUGGGAGCAGUAUGCGGAGACGGUUCCGAUCCGCAUGGUCCUGAUGCAGAACCCGCAAAACUUGACGAAUGUUAGUGGUAGUUACAUGGAGAGGCAGCCGGACCUGGAGACGGUCAGGUGUCUGUUUGCGAUCAGCAUGGUAGAGGCUUGUGAGAAUUGA